GGCUACAUAAAAAGGUAAAGCGAUUUCUGCGUUACUCUCCCUCUUCUCCAAUACAGCCCUUUCCUCUCCUUGUCCUUUUUUUCUCUCCCAAGUCGCAACAUUUCUGCUCAUAAUCACGAUUUUUAUUAGCAGGGGAGUUCCGCUUCGUGCUUCAGUUUCAGCUAUUUAUGCUCAACUUUUCAUGCAUUUACUAACUGAUUAAGAGUUUUAAAGCUUGCACGUUUCUUCACUCUGUUAAAUGCACCCGUCCCCGCCUAUUCUUUCUUGUGAUUAUUGUUUUAUUUUUUCUUCAACAUCACUGUUUUUUUGGGUUUCCUCCUUCCGGUUUCAGGUAUGUAUCCGUGCAUGAAUUUCUUUAGCUUCUGUCGAAUGCUUCUCUGAUGACUUUACACACACACACAUAUUGUUGAUCAAACUGAUGAUUCAUCUCUUUAUGCAUAUCGUGCUCAAAAAAUCCUCUUCAAUUUUUUUAAUUUUUGUUUAUAUAUCGUUUUGUCAUUUGAAGUUAUCGAAGAAUUUAAACAUUCUGCAAUGAAUUAAGCCCGGUUCAUUUGCAUUUUCACUUUCUUUCUGUAUGAGUUAAACGUCAAAUUCUUGAGAUGAUUUUUACAGGGGCCUUAGCUAUGGUAAAAUUGGUUGAAUAAAUGGUGGUUGGUCAAAAAUUGGUAACUUUUCAAUCAGUGGCUUGCUCCAUGAAAUUGAAUGCCGUUAUGAUCAAAAGCUGUGAUCCUUUUGUCUUUGCAAUUUCCAAAGGAUUGCACAUGGCUGUCUGCUUUGUUUAGAAACGCCAUCAUUUUUUUUUCUUUUACCUAAACUGUGAAGGAGUAGACGCUUGGGCCGUUCCGAGUUAUAGGUGUAAGGGAUAUUGUGAGUGAUGUUGAAUGUAGGCAUUCCUACUAGAGGAAUUGUAAAACUUCAAAUUUGGUGCUGCCCCUCUCUGCUAUUUCUUUGAAAGAGUGGAUGCUUCAAGCUUGUUCUUAAUGACCAGUUUUUUAGAAUUAUGAAAAUGGAAUUUGAUACUGGGUACAGAAAGGGGAAUUUUGGACGCAGCUCAUUGCCUAAAAAGCCAAAUGAGAUUAUGAGGGUGCUUGUUACCAUCGCUGUCGGGAUGAUGUUUGGCUUCUUCAUAGGAGUGUCGUUUCCAUCACUCUCUUUAACAAAGCUAAAUAUCACUACUGCCCUUAUUCAUGACUUUGUAAUAAUUGGGGACAAAAGUACAGCUAACUCUACACAAGAUACUGCAAGUACGAGCAGCUCUUCCAGCAAUCAAGUCACAACGGAUGUCUCAAAGAUUUGGGUUCCAUCAAAUCCAAAAGGUGCAGAAAUGUUGCCUCCGGGUAUUGUUGCAUCUGAAUCAGAUUUUUAUCUACGGAGGCUUUGGGGAAAACCUAGUGAGGACUUGACCAGCAAACCAAAGUAUCUUGUCACCUUUACUGUGGGUUAUGAUCAAAGAAAAAACGUUGAUGCAGCUGUUAAAAAGUUCUCGGAGAACUUUACAAUCCUUUUGUUUCAUUAUGAUGGAAGAACAAGUGAAUGGGGUGAGUUUGAGUGGUCAAGACGAGCGAUUCAUGUUAGUGCCAGAAAACAAACAAAAUGGUGGUAUGCUAAAAGGUUUCUGCAUCCGGACAUUGUUGCCGCGUAUGACUACAUAUUUAUUUGGGAUGAAGACCUGGGGGUCGAGCAUUUUGAUGCGGAAGAGUAUAUCAAACUUGUGAGGAAGUAUGGUCUAGAAAUAUCACAGCCGGGUUUGGAACCCAACAGGGGUACAACUUGGCAGAUGACAAAAAGAAGAGGCGGUCAAGACAUUCACAAGGUAACAGAGGAGAAGCCGGGUUGGUGUUCUGACCCCCGUUUGCCGCCCUGUGCAGCUUUUGUAGAAAUCAUGGCUCCUGUAUUUUCUCGAGAAGCAUGGCGCUGUGUUUGGCAUAUGAUUCAGAACGACUUGGUGCAUGGAUGGGGACUGGACUUUGCCCUCCAACGUUGCGUUGAGCCUCCUCAUGAGAGAAUCGGAGUGGUAGAUGCUCAGUGGAUCGUCCAUCAAACAGUUCCUUCACUAGGAAACCAGGGCGAAGCAGAAGAUGGAAAGGCUCCGUGGAAAGGGGUGAGACAGCGGUGUCAAAAAGAGUGGGAGAUGUUCAGAAAUCGAAUGGAGAAUGCAGAGAAGUCUUACUUCAAGUCCCUUAACUUUACAAGGAAUACAUAGAUAGAAGUACUAGAGAAGAAUACCAUGACACAAAACCACAAUUAAUUGCUACAUCUUUUUACUAAUUGCAUUAGUCUAUUUGUAGAUAAAACAAUUUUAUUAGUCAAUUUUGCUUAUUCUAUCAUGCACAAGCAGCCUCUGUUCUUUC